AUGCAGAAGUAUUGGUAUGACCAGAGCCUGUUGUGUCGUCCUGACUACCUUGGUCCCGAGGGAAUCACUUUGAUGGACCGUGACUGGGGCCUCACAGCAUCGUUCUUCAAAACACGGAGAGAUCAGUGUGGAUAUUAUGGAAAGAUCCAUGGCGGUAUUCUUGUCACGAUGCUUGAUGACAGUCUGGCGAGGUGUGCCGAGUUGGCAGCACGCGGAAUCCUGCUGACCGCCGAUGUCCGGACAACAUUCAAGGCUCCCGCAACCCCCGACACCUUACUCGCGGUCUGGGCUAAAGUGGUCAAGCACGACGGCCGGAAGGUGUGGGUGCAGGGAUGGCUGGUAUCAGUCACCGAGCGACCGGUCAUGGUUGCUGAAGCGACGGGACUGUUCAUUCAGGCGAGGGAGAGUGAAGGAUCAGAAUGCCAAAAAUAG